GAAGUUUCACCAUUAGCACCACCGUCCGAUUUCUUAAUCUUCGCCGGAGUAGGUAUCAACUUAUGGGUUCCCACUCCAAGACCAAUACCGUGCACGUGGUGGCCGUGCCUUAUCCCGGCAGAGGCCACAUCAACCCUAUGAUGAACCUCUGCAAGUUAAUAAUUUCUGAUUACAACUUUCUCAUCACCUUCGUCAUCACAGAGGAAUGGUUAGGCUUCAUCGGAUCCGAGGUCAAGCCGCCUAAUAUUCGCUUCGCUACCAUUCCUAACGUCUUGCCCUCCGAGCUGGUUCGGGCAGCCAACAUGCCCACGUUCAUCGAGGCGGUUUUCACCAAAAUGGAGGAGCCGUUUGAGCAGCUUCUCACUCGGCUGGAGCCGCCGGCGACGCUCAUCAUAGCCGAUACGUUCCUAAAGUGGGUGGUUGACGUCGGUAAUCGGAGGAAUAUUCCGGUGGCGUCACUUUGGACGAUGCCGGCGUCGGUGUUUUCGAUCUUUUACCAUUUUGACCUUCUUGUCCAGAAUGGGCAUUUUCCCGCUGAAUUGGCCGACAGAGGAGAGGAGCGUGUAGACUACAUCCCCGGAAUUUCUUCAAUACGACUAGUAGACCUUCCGACAAUUAUCUACAGCAAGGAUCAAAGGCUCUUACGUUUGGCCCUCUUAGCUUUUCCCCAUGUAUCCAAAGCACAAUAUCUUCUGUUCACCUCCAUCUUUGAGCUUGAAUCGCAAGUAAUCAACGCUUUAAAACCGAAAUUUUCGAUUCCAAUCUAUUCUCUAGGCCCAGUGAUACCUUAUUUCAAUCUCAAAGACAAUUCCUCUUACACAACUAGCCACAGCAAUGAGGGUAACCAUAACCAUUUCAAAUGGUUAGACUCUCAACCUCCAAAUUCUGUAUUGUACGUAUCGCUGGGGAGCUUUCUUUCGGUUUCAAGUGCCCAAAUGGAAGAAAUUGCAGCAGGGUUGCACGAUAGUGGUGUACGCUAUUUGUGGGUGGCUCGUGGGGAUGCUUCGAGGUUGAACGAGAGGUGUGGUGAUUUGGGGAUGAUAGUACCCUGGUGUGACCAGUUGAAGGUGUUAUGCCAAUCUGCGGUAGGGGGAUUUUGGACUCAUUGUGGGUGGAAUUCUACGAUGGAAAGCGUUUUUGCAGGCGUACCCAUGCUUACUGUUCCUAUACUGAUGGAUCAAGUCCCGACCAGUAAGUUUAUUGUCGAAGAUUGGAAGCUGGGGUGGGAAUUGAAGAGAGAGAUGGGUGAGGAAAAUUUGCUGAAAAGAGAAGAAAUUGCUAAACUUGUGAAGAGAUUUAUGGAUUCGGAGAACACAGAGAGGACAGAAAUGCUGAGGAGGGCAAAGAAAUUUCAAGAAAUGUGUCAAGAAGCAAUUGCUGGAGGGGGAUCAUCUGAAAGAAACCUCACUGCUUUUAUUGGUAACAUUACACAAAGCUGAGUAUUCAGCUGAUUAAUGUACUUUGCUUAAGUGAGUGAAUUGGAAAAUUCAGUUGACAAGCUGAUGCUCUCUAUUUUUAUUUUUUGCUUCCCCUUUUGUGCACUUUAGGUGAUUCUUGG